AUGCCUGCACCCCUACAACAAUUUUUACCUGGGAAAGCCAAGCCCUUCAAAACUUACGCUGGAAUUAGACCUUCAAACAGAUGUCACUAUCUGCAAGUAAAUUCUCUUAGCUCAGGCGUAGACAAAGAAAACCCUUUGAGAAUAAUCAUCGCGGGCGGCGGUCUUGGGGGGUUAUUUGCAGCAAUAUGUUUUUUGAAAGCGGGGCUGAACGUUACGAUCAUAGAGAAAACAGCUAGGUAUAGACCUUUUGGUGGACCUAUUCAACUCGCCUCGAAUGGUAUUGGAACAGUGAAAAUUGUCAGUGAAAAUCUCUAUGAAAAUAUUAAUAACGUAGCUCGACCGUUUUGGGGAACAGAAAGUGGAAUACGUGAUGGUUUGACUUCCGAAUGGAUGUUUAAAUUUGAAGCUAUCAACGAACUGCCCUCUGAUUUACGACUGCCGUUUUCAGUGUGCAUCGAUCGUUCUGACUUACAGCUCGAGUUGUUGAAAGAAUUAGCCGAAGUAUCAGGGAAAGAAAACAUAUUGCGCAUGUCUUCAACGUUGAAGUCGUACGAAAUAAACUCCUCAGGAGAGGUGAUUGUCCAUCUUGAUGACGAAACUCACUUGGUAGGGGAUAUUCUCAUUGGAGCUGACGGUAUCUGGAGUCAGACACGUUCAAUUUUAUUUGAUGAAUCAUUCGGUUCCGAAUUUGCUUCAAGUACCGCAAGCUUCACUGGGUUCAAAUUAUUUAGUGGCCUUCCUCUUUUUGCUUCGAUCGAAUUUCUAAAAAUAGGGUAUUGCGCAUAUAUAGGUCCUGAUAACUAUUUCGUAGCCUGCCCAGAUAAACAAGGCAGAAUUCAGUGGUAUGCUUUCAUUAAAUCAGAUGCUGGUACAGAUGAUGUCGAUAGAUCAAAGGAAUAUUUACUAGAGGUAUUUAAAGAUUGGAACCCCACUGUACGUGAUCUAAUUAGUGCGACAAGUUCUGAAGAAAUUCUUCAGAGAGAUCUAUGGGAUAGGGCACCAAGUAUAUUUAAAGACUGGUCUAAGGAUUGCAUCACGUUGUUAGGGGAUUCAUGCCACGCAACAAUGCCAAAUAUUGGCCAAGGAUGUGGCCUUGCAUUUGAAGAUGGUUAUGUUUUAUCUCUACUAUUAAAAGAUAUCAAAAGUCGACAGGAAAUACCACAUUUGCUAAAAAGAUUUUAUAGAAAAAGAAUAGUUCGAACGGCAGCGAUUCAAGGUUUGGGUAGGCUCAAUAGUGAAGCAAUCAAAAUUUUAACACCACUACUUCCAUAUCGGCGAUUUGUUGAUACGGUAUUGAGCCCGUUAUUACCUUUGGUAUUUCGAUUGCAAUUUUGGUACUGCUACUCUUUUUGCCCAGUUAAUAUAGAUACGGAAGAAAGUUUAGAUCUUGCAAAAAAUAUGAGUGAAAAAUAUGCUAGCGAAACAAAACUUGCCUGGCGUGAUUUUAUCAAGCGAACUUAG